UUGUGUGCGCACUCGCUCGGGAUUCAUCAAUUGCCACUUCGCCUUCAUGCUAUUCGUGCAAGGUCCCUAAUGGCAGCAAUCCUCCAAGACAUAUCUGGUAUAUAACGGGGUACUACUGGCACUCAAGUCAGCAUCAGCAGCCAGUCCUCCAGCGAUUUCAUCACUCAGAAAGCUCCCAGCCUUCGCUCAUACUACACCUGAUAUCCUCCGUCGAAGAUGUCUUACUCUACCAUGGCCCCCGCCUACACCUUCUACUCUUCUGCGCCAUCCGCACCGAACGCAUUUGCGCUCUUUGGGACCACGGAGUCGCCGCGCGACACAUACAACAUGUACGAUGAUGCACGCCAGGUGCUGCGUCCUUCGCACGGGCGGGUCGCUCAGCCCAAGACGAACAAGUUCGGGCUGAAGAAGCUUUUCCGGCUGUAGACGCAAUCGUGCCCUGCUCGCGAUCCAUCCCCAUCAGCCCCUCUGCCCCACCUCUAUGCCCGCCAUUACCCUUCGUGGGCGUCGACAUUGGGACAGACGGUUGUGCCCGCUCACAGUCGUUGACUACAACACCGCCGUUCGCACGCACUCCAUCGCGACCUCUCACGCAGUCACUUGUCUACGUGAUAAUGGAGUCCUCCCGUCGCCCGGCCCCGUUGUCGCCUUACGUGACCUUACUUCGCGCUUGCGCGAGUCCACGCCCUCUCCAGGAGAUCCGGAUGGAUACGGAGAGGAUUCAUCCGCUGAGGGUGGGCGAACGCCA